UUCUUUCCUUGCUUUGUCUCCAUCCGCACAGAAAUCAAGAUCCCACUCCAUUUCCCGACACCCAAGGAAAACAAAUUCCAACCCUCCCGUGGAAAAGGAGAAUGAAUUCCCGGGCUUUGGCUCCUUUGCUCUCCUCUCUAAUUUCUCAACUUCUUGUUCUCAUUUUCCUGCUUUUCCCUGCCCCAAACCCCCUCACUAUAACCAAUUCCGCUCCCUUUUCCACGCCCCGCCGCGAUUUCCAAGAAUCCCUUUUCCCUCUCCUCCACCAUUUCCUCUCCACCUCUGGUGUAGCCGCCACUCUUUGCUUUCUAUCGUUUUCCAGAAAACGUAAGCGGGCCCGCUUCCAGGGCCUCGAUGACCCGGAUAAUGAGGAGGACCCGGGGUCAAGACUGGGUCGCCUCGGAUCAGUCGUCUCCCGGAACCCCGAGUCGUUCAAGCAAUUCUUUAGGAUGAAGACGUCGACUUUUGAGUGGCUUUGCGGUCUCCUCGAACCACUACUCGAGUGUCGCGACCCGGUUGACUCGCCUCUCAAUUUACCCGCCGAGGCCCGGCUCGGAAUCGGGCUUUAUAGACUAGCCACCGGCGCGGAUUACCCGGAAAUCUCGGGCCGUUUCGGAGUCUCUGAAGCUGAUGCCAAGUUCUGCGUCAAACAUCUAUGCCGGGUGCUCUGCACCAAUUACCGGUUCUGGGUGGGGUUCCCGAGUCCAACCGAACUGGAUUCCGUGUCAGCGCGGUUUGAAACCCUCAUUGGCCUGCCCAAUUGCUGCGGAAUCAUAAGCUGCACCAGGUUCAAUAUUGAAAGAGCCAAUGGUUCCGGUUCAAUCACCCAAAAUGAUGCUGAUCAUGAGAGCAUUGCCGCUCAAAUUGUUGUAGAUUCAUCAUCAAGAAUUUUAAGCGUUGUAGCUGGUUUCCGUGGCAAUAAGAGUAACAUUCAAAUCCUAAAGUCAUCAACUUUGUACCAAGAUAUCCGAAAAGGCAUACUCUUAAAUUCGUCAAGGCCCGUUAAGGUGAAUGAGGUGGCCGUGCCUCAGUAUUUAGUAGGUAGUGGGGAGUAUGAUUUGCUUCCUUGGUUAUUAGUACCAUUUCUUGAUCCCAAGGCAGGGUCAGUUGAGGAGAGUUUUAACAAUGUGCAUCGUUUGAUGCUCGUUUCUUCAUUAAAAACCAUGGCAAGUUUGAGGAAUUGGGGUGUUUUGGAUAGGCCUAUGAAGAUGGAUUAUAAAAGUGCAGUGGCUUGUAUUGGUGCUUGUUCUAUAUUACAUAAUAUGUUGAUCAUGAGGGAGGAUGAUUCAGCUUUUUGCUAUGAGUUGGAUGAUCAGGUAGUGGAUAAUCAGAACAUAGCUAGUUUAGGGGGGAAUUAUGUUGAAGAGAAUGCAUUGGUUAUAAGAAAAGCGUUGGCUACAAGAGCAAAACGGUGAGAAAAGCGUUGGACAUAAGAGAAUGCAAUUUCAGGAAACGGCCAAUUGCCAGGAAGAACAGCUAUUUUCUUCGAUUUUUGAAGGAGUUGAUCCAGAUUGUACUGCUCAUACUUUUUGAAGGUAGAAUUCUCUGAAACCGAUGUCUUUGGUGAGAUGGAAAUAAAGUGCAUUAUGAAACAAGUCGAGAUUUUCGCCGGAAAUAAAGAGCAGUCUAAUUGUUUGACAUUAUGUUGAUCAUCUUGGUUUCUCUGGGUCGUUGCAGAACGACUACUUGAUUGCUAAUUUCGUCGUAGCCGUUGAAAGGAAUGAUGGGACUUUAUGGAGUCGUUGAUAGAUCUUAAGGUGAUGUAUUCUGUAAAGAAAGAUGGGACUUUACGAAGUCGUUGAUAGAUCUUAAGGUGAUGUAUUCUGUAAAGAAAGAUGGUUGAGUUAUUACAUUAAACUACUCGAUGAAUCCCACACCAGCACCAGCACCAGCACCGGCCACAUUGCUGAUGUACCAAUAGAUUCCUGAGUUGAAUCAAUGAAUAGAUUGCUUGAACUGAAUAUGAUAGUGCACAUAUACAUCACAGGGUUGAAAUGGUUAUUGCAUAAACAUGGUGUUGUUUAUUAUUU